UGGCUAUAUAACGGCUAUUAUUUAAUUCCCAAAGCACGCAGAACGGAAGCCAAAAUUCCUCUCAUCCCGUCUUCCCCGCUUCCUUUCGCCCAAUCUGCUGCUUCUUCCUAAUCAACUCCAACUGAGUACUGACCUUCAAUAGAAGCUUUUAUUACAUUCAAUUUCAGAUGAGUCUGGUAACGGAUUCUCCAGUUCACUCUUCUAGUAGUGAUGAUUUCGCUGCUUUUCUUGACACGGAGCUUGAUUCCAAAUCCUCUGCCUCUUCGGCUAGUGAUGACGAAGCUCCCAAUGAACGCCAUUCUGACUCUGCUGCCUCCUCAUCACCAGAUCAAGAUAAAGAAGCUGAAGAAGAUGAUGACUCCGACUUUCAAAGCAAGAGGGUAAAAAGGUCUAAGGUGGAGACUGUGGAAAUUGUGGAGGAUGACGGGGGAACUACUUCUUUUGCGUCUCUAAAGCACAACUCAGAGGCGUCAAUCAGCAAGGAAAUAUGCACACAUCCAGGAUCAUUUGGAACUAUGUGUAUUGUCUGUGGGCAAUUGCUGGAUGGGGAAUCUGGUGUGACAUUUGGGUAUAUACACAAGGGAUUAAGGCUUGGUAAUGAUGAAAUUGUUCGAUUGCGCAACACUGAUAUGAAGAAUUUGUUACGUCAUAAGAAACUCUACUUGAUUCUUGAUCUAGAUCAUACACUGCUUAAUUCUACCCAGCUUAUGCAUAUGACCUUAGACGAGGAAUAUCUAAACGGUCAAACGGAUUCACUGCAAGAUGUUUCAAAAGGCAGUCUCUUUAUGUUGAGCUCCAUGCAAAUGAUGACUAAGUUGAGGCCUUUUGUGCGUACGUUUCUCAAAGAAGCAAGUCAGAUGUUUGAGAUGUAUAUAUACACUAUGGGUGAUCGGGCGUAUGCGUUGGAAAUGGCCAAACUACUUGACCCUGGAAGAGAAUACUUUAAUGCUAAAGUCAUUUCACGUGAUGAUGGAACCCAAAGACAUCAAAAGGGUCUUGAUGUGGUCUUGGGGCAAGAAAGUGCUGUUCUAAUCCUUGACGAUACAGAAAAUGCUUGGAUGAAGCAUAAAGACAACUUGAUAUUGAUGGAAAGAUAUCACUUUUUUGCAUCAAGCUGUCAUCAAUUUGGAUUUAAUUGCAAAUCCCUUUCGGAGCAGAAGACUGACGAGAGCGAGUCUGAAGGUGCACUUGCAUCCAUUCUUAAGGUUCUACGGAAAAUUCACCAGAUCUUUUUUGAGGAAUUGGAAGAAAAUAUGGACGGCAGAGAUGUGAGACAGGUGCUCAAAACGGUUCGCAAGGAUGUCCUGAAGGGAUGCAAAAUUGUAUUCAGCAGAGUUUUCCCUACCCAAUCGCAGGCUGAUAAUCACCACCUUUGGAGGAUGGCUGAGCAGUUGGGAGCUACAUGCUCAACAGAACUUGAUCCCUCGGUAACUCAUGUGGUCUCAAAAGAUUCUGGGACUGAGAAGUCACAUUGGGCCUUGAAGCACAAUAAGUUCUUGGUCCAGCCAGGGUGGAUCGAAGCUGCCAAUUAUUUUUGGCAGAGGCAGCCCGAAGAGAAUUUCGCUGUCAACCAAAUUAAGAAUUGAUUACCACCAUCUUCAACUUGUCUGAAACUUUUGACGAAAGUGGGAAAACACCACUUCGUUCAUCAUUUCCACUCUUGAUAAUUUCUGAUGAGAAAAUGAGACUUUGUGACACGAAAAUGGAACGUCAUGUUUGAUCAAAACGUACCUCAGAAGUUAGGCGUAAGCUUGCCGUGGGAUAUUCACUCCAUUUCUCUCUCGGAAAGCUAUCUGCUAGGGGCCUCAAAAUCUUCUCGGAGAUUUUGGGAGAAAUGGUGACCUAGCCCAGGUUAAUUCGUCUAUUGGCUAUCGCUGCCCGGAAUCUUUCAAGUCCUAAGUUGGUGGUUUGGCUGAUUGCCUGAAACUCGACUGAAAUAACGAGCCACCGAAGUUGAAUUAGAACAGCGUUGCAGUCAGGAUUUUUACUUGUUAAUGACAAUUGGAAUUAAGAUACUUAAGACUAUAAUUGUAAAAGAACGUGCGUUUUGAGUUAGAUAUAAAUAAAUUCAAUCAUAAUUUGCUGCUUUUUAUUUUUAUUGGCCAACGAUACUCA